UCCGAGGUGUCCUUGGAAACUACGCGCGUCUCGAGCGCGCAACACGGGUUCAUUCCUGAAGCACAACGCGCGCGUGGAGGAGUGCAAGAGUGGAAGAGUGAUGGAGGCUGAGGUUCGAGAUCACCAUGAAUGACAAAUACCACAAGGCAGCUCGGGAUGGCUACCUCGACCUGCUAAAGGAAGCGACGCGCAAGGACCUGAACGCGCCGGACGAGGAUGGCAUGACACCCACGCUAUGGGCCGCGUACCACGGCAACCUCGACGCGCUGCGGAUGAUCGUCGCGAGAGGGGGGAACCCAGACAAGUGUGACAUAUGGGGGAACACGCCACUCCACCUGGCCGCCUCCAAUGGCCAUCUCAACUGCCUGUCCUUCCUGGUGUCGUUUGGUGCCAAUGUGUGGUGCCUGGACAACGAUUACCACACGCCUUUGGACAUGGCCGCCACCAAGAACCACAUGGAUAGUGUGCGCUAUCUGGACUCCAUCGCUGCCAAGCAGACGGCGCUCAACCCCAAGCUGGUGAGCAAACUGAAGGACCGGGCUUUCCGUGAUGCCGAACGGCGCAUCAAGGAGUGUGUUAAACUGCAGCAGAAGCACCGGCGGCGAAUGGAGCGCAAGUUUCAGAGAGAGACAAACGAAGCAUCAGUCUCGGACGCCAUGAGCUUCUCCAGCUACGCCAGCAGCACCUUGAGUCGCAAGUUACACCACUUCAACACCGCCACUAAUGUGCCAUACUCCCAGGCUACUCUCCACGCCACAGCCAGGGGCAAAACUAAAAUCCAGAGGAAGCUUGACAAGAAGAAGCAAGGUGACGGGACAUUCAAGAUUUACGAAGAUGGCAGGAAGAGUGUCCGCUCCUUGUCCGGCCUACAACUAGGCAACGACGUCAUGUUUCUGAAGCAGGGCACGUACGUCAACCCUAAGGACCGGUCUCGUCGCAACAUACGCGACAUGUUCCCCAACGACAAUGACGACGCCGUCUCGCGUGCCAUCAGUGAACCAGACCUACAUGGUCAAGAUGUGGACUACUCAGAGAUUAGCACCGACUCGGGACACGACUCGCUCUUUAACCGCCCCGGUUUAGGAACCAUGGUUUUCCGGCGAAACUACGUUAGCGGUGGACUUUUUGGCAUUGGUAGCAGAGAUGAAGGCAGUCUUGCAGGCAGCGACCGGGUCGAUAAUGUACGCCUUCGCAGUCGAAUGCAUCGCGCGCCCAGUUUAGAUGACGAUAGCAUUGGUAGCGCCCAUAGCUUGCAAGAGAGGAACGUGCAAGAGCUGCCUUGGGACGAGGUUGAGCUUGGACUGGAUGACGAUGACGAGCCGGAAACAAGCCCACUGGAAGUGUUCCUGGCCACACAGAACAUGAACGAGUUCAUUCCCAUCUUCAAAAGAGAAAAGAUCGACCUGGAUGCCUUGUUGCUGUGCUCCGAUGCCGACCUCAAGAGCAUUCACAUCCCGUUGGGACCCCGAAAGAAGAUCAUAGACGCAUGCCAGCGCCGACUUGAGGCCAUCGAGGAGCCAGGUUGCAUAGAAGACACUGAGUUGUGAAGUUCCUCCAUUACAGUCUGUUUUUACCUCAAUGAAUGUUUAAAGUUGAAGAAUUGGUAAGAGUUUACAGAACCAUUGUACCUUUCUUUUUCUUUUUUUGAAGAUGGGAAAAGUUACUUUUUCAACAUUUGGCCAAUGAAGAAACAAUACAGCAGAGGUGCUAAAGCAACAUACGCCUAAACUAAGGGUGCGUUUACAUGACAAUGAUAUGCAGAGAACUUCUCUUAAAACAGAGAAGUUUUUCCUUUGAGUUUUCGGCAUUCAGACGACACCAAAAACGAUCCCCAUUCCCACGGAUCUGCAAAAACGGCUGAAAGCGUUGUAUUCUGCUGCCAGGCCAGUAGAUGGCGAUGAAACACUGUAGACUUAACACGUAAUACGCAUGUGCAUGACGUCAUCGUCUUCAGAGAUUCGCGUUUUUGUCAUUGUACACAGAGAUCGUUUUCUGAAACUUGCACUUUGAAACCCAUUUUCAAAAGUUUGCGUUUUCAGGCACCGGUUAACGUGUAAACGAACGGCCAAAACGCAUAAAAGGUUUUACGUUUUUAGUUGAAAACAAUGUCGUGUAAACAGCCCCUUAGAGUGGUCAAUCCUGCUCCUGGACGCUCACGUUCCUGCAGAGUUUAGCGCCAAUGUAACCGGUCUUACUCGACCCAAUUCAAGUGGUAUUCGAAGUGGCGUCUAUGGCAUGAGGCGGGCGUGCUAACAAGGAUGCUAAAAAAACCCAGUUGCUAGUUGGCCUCUUGAGACCAGGGGAGUGAUGUUUUCAUGCACAGCUCUUACUAGUCUGCUUCUGUUACACCAAAAGUCAAGUCACCUUCAUUUAGUUUCAAAGCAGCUUUACAUUGAUAAUAGGAAAUUAAAGUAACAG